CCCCUCGCCCAGGGCCAGCUUCCCGGGCCGGGCUCCCGGUUGCCUUUAAGGGCAUUUUUGGGGGAGGCGAGGGGAGCGGAGCGGGGCUGGACUUGGAGCGCGCUGUGCAGCUGGGGAGAGAGGGAAGAGGAGAAGAAAGAGGGAGAAGGAGCGAGAGGAGGGAGGGGAGCGGUAAAAAAGCCGCCCGGGACCCCCUUCCUCCCCAGGGCCGGGGCCAGCGCCCCCGGGCUCCCCAGCCCCUGGCCGCCCCGGGGGUGCGGAGGGGAGCCGGGUCCGGCGGGACCCCCCUGCGCCCCUCCAUCGCCGGGGUCCCGCUUGCGGGGAGUGAAACCCGUCGGUCUCUCCCCCUCCUUCCCUCCCCUCCCUCCUCCCUCCCUCCUUCCUUCCUUCCUUCUCCAGGCUUGGCCCGGGGAGGGAGGGGGGCUCUGCCUGCAGUCUGCCUUCACGCCUGCCCGCCCGGGCGACGCCGGGCUCCCGCCUGCCCCCCCCGGCCACUCCGGCCGCCCUCCGGCCGCCCCCCGCGCCCCCCGGGCCAGGUGAGGCUGCGCUGCCGUCCCCUUCGGAUGUAGGCAGGAGAGACCCCGGAUGGAUUUCGGGAGCGUCAUGAACCAGGCUGUGACCCCCUGCUCCCCUGCUGUCAACUAUGAGCUGCCAUCCCCAGGGGAGAGCAUCAUGAAGCAGGUAGAUGCCUUGGAUGCCACAAAAUCCCCCAGGAGCGGGCAGUCACGCCACAAAACAUCCAGGAGCAUGAGCCUGACCGCGGCCAUGGAGAGCAGCUGUGAGCUGGACCUGGUGUACAUCACGGAGCGGAUCAUCGCCGUCUCCUACCCCAGCACGGCUGAGGAGCAGAGCUUUUGCAGCAACCUCCGUGAGGUGGCCCACAUGCUGAAGUCCAAGCAUGGGGACAACUAUGUGCUUUUCAACCUCUCUGAGCGGAGACAUGACAUCAGCAGACUUCACCCCAAGGUGCUGGAUUUUGGGUGGCCUGACCUGCACACACCAGCGCUGGAGAAGAUCUGCAGCAUUUGCAAAGCCAUGGACACGUGGCUCAACGCAGCGGCGCACAAUGUGGUGGUGCUGCACAACAAGGGGAACCGUGGCCGGCUGGGAGUGGUGGUGGCUGCCUACAUGCAUUACAGCAACAUCUCGGCCAGUGCUGACCAGGCUCUGGACAGGUUUGCCAUGAAGCGCUUCUAUGAGGACAAGGUAGUGCCAGUAGGACAGCCAUCCCAGAAGAGGUACAUCCAUUACUUCAGCGGGCUCCUGUCCGGCAGCAUCAAGAUGAACAACAAGCCCCUCUUCCUCCACCACGUUAUCAUGCACGGCAUCCCCAACUUCGAGUCGAAAGGCGGUUGUCGGCCCUUCCUGAAAAUCUACCAGGCCAUGCAGCCCGUCUACACCUCAGGGAUCUACAACGUGCAAGGAGACAGCCAGACAGGCAUCUGCAUCACCAUUGAGCCUGGAUUGCUCCUCAAGGGCGAUAUCUUGCUGAAGUGUUACCACAAGAAGUUUCGCAGCCCAACCCGCGAUGUGAUUUUCCGCGUGCAGUUCCACACGUGUGCUGUGCAUGACCUUGACGUCGUCUUUGGCAAGCAGGACCUGGAUGAGGCCUUCAGAGAUGACCGCUUCCCCGAGUAUGGGAAGGUGGAGUUUGUGUUCUCCUAUGGCCCUGAGAAGAUCCAAGGCAUGGAGCACCUGGAGAACGGGCCCAGCGUUUCUGUGGACUACAACACGUCCGACCCACUCAUCCGGUGGGACUCCUACGAGAACUUCAACAUCCAGCGCGAGGACAGCACAGAGGGCACCUGGGCUGACCCGCCCCUGCCUGGCAAGCACCUGGAGAAAGAGGUUGGGCACACGCAAGGGCCCCUGGAUGGGAGCCUCUACGCUAAAGUGAAGAAGAAAGAUUCCCUCCACGGCAGCACUGGUGCCGUCAACGCUGCCCGUCUCCCAGUCUCGGCAGUGCCCAACCAUGUUGAGCACACGCUCUCGGUGAGCAGCGACUCGGGCAACUCCACCGCCUCCACCAAGACCGACCGGACCGAUGAGCCGGGGGUGCCUGGGGUGCCCAGUGGCCAGGCGGUGCUGAGCCCCGAGGAGAAGCAGGAGCUGGAUCGUCUCCUUGUUGGCUUCGGCUUGGAGAGUGCGCCACCCAUGCACAACCACGCACCCAGCCCUGUGCCGGCACGCCUGCCUGCCGUGCCGGGCCGCCAUGUGGUGCCAGCUCAGGUGCACGUCAAUGGGAAUGCCGCAGUGCUGGUGGCUGAGCGGGAGACAGAUAUCUUGGAUGACGAGCUGCCCAACCAGGAUGGGCACAGCGUGGGCAGCCUGGGCACGCUCUCCUCUUUGGACGGCACCACCACUGCCAGCGAGGCCGGCUACCAGGAGGCACCCCGGGUGGGCAGCCUCUCCUCCCUGCCCAAUGGCCCCUCAAGCUGCAAUGGGGCUGAGAAGCUGCUGAAGGAGGGGCUGUAUGACAGCGAGCUGAUCUCCAACGGUGGCUACCCUUACAACAACCAGAAUGCCCUGGUGGGCCACCACCUCCGCGAGCCGCUGCCUCCCUUGCGACCCUCAGCAUCCACUCAGGACCACCUGGCUGGCUACCCGCAGCGCCCACCGGGCUCCCAUGCCCCAGGCUGGCUCCAGCCCCAGCCGCUGCCCAGCUCCCAGCCCUACGUGUAUGGCUAUGACCCCCCCAGCGCCUACCGCUCCCGAUCUUUCCCGGCGGUGGACAUGGCCAAGUACGAUGCGACGCCGGCACUGCCCCAGGCCCCGGCUCGCAGCACCAGCAGCCGGGAGGCCGUGCAGAGGGGCUUGAAUUCCUGGCAGCAGCAAGGAGGGAGCCGGCCGCCUUCCCGGCUGCAGGAGGGUGGCAUGGAUAGCCACAGCCCCAGCAUCUCCAGCUGCAGCCCCCAGCCCAGUCCACUACAGCCAGUGCCCCCGCACAGCCACAGCAUGCCUGAAUUCCCCCGGGCGCCCUCCCGCCGGGAGAUUGAGCAGUCCAUCGAAGCGCUCGAUGUCCUCAUGCUGGACCUCACGCCCGCCGUCCACAAAUCACAGAGCGUACCUGCUGCUUCCUGCCAGGACAAGCCAGCAGGACCCCUGCUCUCCUCCCUCUCAGCCCAGCCCAUCACUGGUCUCUAUGCCCGGCCGGCUCCACAAGUAGUCCAGCCGAGGUCCUUUGGCACAUCCGUGAGCCCUGUAGUCUCUGAGCCUGGAGGCAAAGCCUAUUCUCCUGGGGAGCCAGACUAUGGGGUGCAUGAGUACCGGGAAACCUAUUCACCCUACAGCUACCAGCCAGCAACUGUGCCGGAGCCGAGGAGCUACAGCCAUGCCCCGGCUGGAGCACCAAUGGGCAACAUCCCACUCAGCACCUCCUACAGCCCCGUGGGGUCUCAGCACCUCCUUGUGUCCUCCCCGCCUUCCCCCACCAUCCUGCCACAAACUCAGAUGCCCCCCAAGGGACCGGAGAGCUAUGAAGACCUGUCGAGGUCAGCAGAAGAGCCCUUGAAUCUGGAGGGCCUGGUGGCCCACAGGGUGGCAGGGGUGCAGUCCCGGGAGAAGCCCCCGGAGGACAGUGCUGUCCCUGCACACAAGCGGACCCCCAGCAGCAGCCACUAUGAGAAGAGCUCGCCGGAGCCCAGCUCACCCCGCAGCCCCACUAUCCUCUCGCCUGAGGUGGUCAGCACCAUCGCGGCCAACCCUGGAGGGAGGCCCAAAGAGCCUCACCUCCACAGCUACAAGGAAGCCUUCGAAGAGAUGGAGAGUACCUCCCCCACCAGCCCACCCUCCGGCGGCGGUGAGAUUUCUCCCUCCACCCCAGCCUUCCCUGUCUCGCCACAAACCCCUUACUCCAACCCCUUGCGUUCUCCCCCUGGCCUGGCCAAGACCCCACUCUCAGCACUGGGACUGAAACCCCACAAUCCAGCCGAGAUCCUGCUGCAUCCAGUGGGAGAGCCCAGGAGCUACGUUGAGUCAGUGGCCCGUACAGCCACGACGGGCAGAGGAGGGAGCCUCCCCACCACCCAGCCUGGGAGCCCAGAGGUGCCUGCCAGGAACGGUGCCUUCACCAGCUCCUUCACUGCCCCCAGCCCUGUCUCCACCAGCAGCCCCAUUCACAGCGUGGACGGGGCCUCCCUCCGCAGCUACCCAUCGGAGGGCAGCCCCCAUGGCAUGGUUACACCUCCCCACAUCUCGGCUGAGCCUGUUUACCGGUCGCCUGUUGGCUCGCAGAUGCCCUCUGCUCACAGCAGCUACCAAAACUCUUCUCCAUCUUCCUUUGCAAUGGUCCAAAGUGGGGUCCCAGGCUUGGCAUACUCCAGCCCUGACUACCCUGAUGGCCGAGCCGGCCUCCAGCCGGACACCCAAGCUCAGCAGCAGCCACAGGUCAAUGUGGUGGGGGUCCAUGUCCUGCCAGGAAGCCCCCGCACCCUUCACCGGACAGUGGCUACCAACACGCCGCCCAGCCCCAGCUUUGGCCGAAGAGCUGUCAACUCCAGUAUGAGCGGUGCUCCUGGCAGCCCCGGGCUUAGCAGACACACCGUUGUGGCCCAUGGCAACCUGGUGGCCCUGCCGGGGAGCCCCAGCCUGGCCAGGCAUCAGGCUGCAGUGGCUGCCCCUCCUGGCAGCCCCCUGUACGGCUACCCCAGCCCGGAGGAGAGGCGCCCAACGCUGUCUCGGCAGAGCAGCUCCUCUGGCUACCAGCCUCCCUCCACACCGUCCUUCCCCGUCUCACCGGCGUACUAUCCAGGCACAAGCACGCCACACUCCUCCUCCCCGGACUCGGCCGCCUACCGCCAGGGCAGCCCCACACCUCAGCCUGCGCUGCCCGAAAAGCGGAGGAUGUCAGCUGGGGACCGCUCCAAUAGCCUGCCCAACUAUGCCACCAUCAACGGCAAAGCGUCCUCGCCCCUCUCCAGUGGCAUGUCCAGCCCCAGUGGUGGGAGCACCGUCGCCUUCUCCCACACCCUGCCAGACUUCUCCAAGUUCUCCAUGCCAGACAUCAGCCCCGAGACUCGUGCCAACGUCAAGUUUGUGCAGGACACUUCCAAGUACUGGUACAAACCAGACAUCUCCAGAGAGCAGGCCAUUGCACUGCUGAAGGACAGGGAGCCAGGAGCUUUCAUCAUCCGAGACAGCCACUCCUUCCGGGGAGCCUAUGGCCUCGCCAUGAAAGUAGCUUCUCCACCUCCCACGGUUGUGCAGCAGAACAAGAAAGGAGAUAUCACCAAUGAGCUGGUGAGGCACUUCCUCAUCGAGACCAGCCCACGGGGUGUGAAACUAAAAGGAUGCCCCAACGAGCCCAAUUUUGGCUGCCUCUCGGCUCUGGUGUACCAGCACUCCAUCAUGCCCUUGGCCCUGCCCUGCAAGCUGGUCAUUCCUGACCGAGAUCCCAUGGAGGAAAAGAAAGACACUGUGUCAGCCACCAACUCGGCCACAGACCUUCUCAAACAGGGUGCGGCCUGCAAUGUCCUCUUCAUCAAUUCGGUGGAGAUGGAGUCACUGACGGGCCCCCAGGCCAUUGCGAAAGCUGUUGCUGAGACACUGGUGGCUGACCCCACGCCCACCGCUACCGUCGUCCACUUCAAAGUCUCUGCACAAGGCAUCACUUUAACCGACAACCAGAGGAAAUUGUUCUUCCGACGACACUACCCCCUCAACACUGUCACCUUCUGUGACCUGGACCCCCAGGAACGAAAGUGGUCUAAAACUGAUGGCAGUGGCCCAGCCAAGCUCUUUGGCUUUGUGGCCAGGAAGCAAGGGAGCACCACAGACAACAUCUGCCACCUCUUUGCCGAGCUGGACCCGGACCAGCCGGCUGCAGCCAUCGUCAACUUUGUCUCCAGGGUCAUGCUUGGCUCUGGCCAGAAAAGAUGAGCCGGUGCUUGCGGGUGAUUCUUGAAUUUUGGAGAAGGACUUGGAGCUGAUCCGAGAAGGAGCGUGAGGAAGUGCAUUGUGGGAGAGGGAAGUGAAUUGGGGGGGAAAAGGGUUGGAAUUUUGGAGGAAAACAGCAAACAAACAAACAAACAAACCCAGCAAAACCCCUAAAAACUCAACACAAGCCAAACACACACAUAGAGGAACCAAAUCACGCACCUAUAUAAGAGCCACAAAGUCAUGCAGGAUGCAUGUCCUGGCGCGGGGAAGGUGACCAAAGUGAAGGCGGCAGUGAGAGGUGUGUUCCCAGCUUUCAGCAUUACAGUCCCGAGUGGUGACACCCACUCAGGACCCAAUGUGGGACCAUGACUGGUGUUUUCUAUCUGGGAAAAAAAGAGACAACUGGCAAAACCCAUGGAAGAAGCUCCAUCCCAGCAGCUCCAUUGGUGAAUGUCUGCUGCAUGUUUGAAACAACCUGUAGGAGAUAAUAUGGGCUGGGUCUGUGGGACACUGGAGGAGAAGCCCUUGGAAACCUUCCCUUGCCUGGCUGCAGUGGAGGGUCCUCAUGGCUCCCGUGCUUCUCCCAAAACCUGGCAACCGCCUGGCAACUUGCUGGGGGCAGGGCGGGGGCUUGGGCCCGAGCCCUCCUGUCCCUGGGGAGAUUGGCUGUGGGCUGACCUCUGUUGCUGACCCCUCUUGCUGACCCAGAGCCCAGCACCGGUCACAGGUGAGCCACUGUGAGUCCACUUGGAGAGGUGGGUCAUGGCAUUUCCCCACCUCCCCAGGGGUGUUUGUGCCCCCCAGCCCAUGGGGAGGUGUGGAGGUCUCCUGCUGCCCCAUGCCUGGGGAAGGCAGUUGCUCCCUGGGAACCUCCUGGGAGGAUGCAGAAAGUCACAUCCUCUCCCACCUUCCCCUUUUCCCUCCCAUCACUAGUCCUCUUUGGCAAUUUUCUCCUGCAGCCUGUCACAUGUUCUCUUAACACAAAAAACAAAACAAAAAGGAAAGAAAAACAUUGUAGUAAUAAUAAUUAUAAUAAUAGCGGAUGCUGGCACAGAUGGGUUCCCUGUGCAAAGCAGUGAACCCGUGGCUACCCCGUCUCGCUCUUUGGAGACAUGCAAGCGGUUUUUAAAUUGCAUGGACGUUCAAGUUGCACGAAAGGCGAAUGACUACAAGUAACUCAGGCGCUUUUUUUCUCCUUUUAUUUUGGAGGCCAGGUUAAAAAACGGAAAAGGAAGAAAAUUAAAAAAAGAAAAAAAAGGAAAGGAUUUGCAGUUGCUGGGCAGCUUUGGCUCAGUGGGGAGGUAGCAGGUCCUCCGAGAGCCACACUGCUCGGCAAGCAUGUACCCCCAAAACUGGCUGGCUGGAGACUCGUGCCCCCUGAAUGCACCAUAGUUUUGCAGUGGCUUUGGUGGCAUUGGCUUUUCCCUUUGCUCUGGGAGGUGAGGAGGGCCAGCCAGGGGGUGAGAGGGGCGAAGGGCCCCUGUGCCGCUGUGUCGGGGGGUGAUUGUGGUUGAGGGGCAGCGGGCAGAAUUCCCAGCCCUGCAGUGCCGGGGGGGAGCAGAGGAUGUUUCGGUCACGUGCAGGUUUGGGGUGGGGGCAACGGUCAUUGCUGAGCCCUCUGCUGCAAAUGUCCACCUGAGAGCCUUUUGGGAGAAGUUUUCAGUGCAAAGUGGCCCAGGUGAUAGUUCGUUGGGGGGCAGAAAUUAGAAACAUAGCACUGCAGCUCUCCCUGAAAUCUUGCCUCCUUGGACCACCUUUGCCUUGAUAGCUAUAAUAUAUAUACGAGCUAUAUUGACAAAAUAUUGUAAGCUAAUGAAAUUUUAAUGAGGAAAAAAAGGUUGAAUUUACACUCUGAAAAUAUUUAUUUUUGCCAUAUCGCUUUCCGUGCAUCAUAUCUCCCCCGUUAUAUCUGCCCCACCCCCCACACCCCCCUUCCCCUGCCCUGGGGAAACACCUGCACGUUAAAAAAAAUCCAGAGCAAGGAAAAAUAUGGAUGGGGGAAGAGGCACGGGAGUCCCCCCAUGUAGGAGUGGCAUGCGUGUGACCGGUGUGCGUGUGUGUGUGUGUGUGUGUGUGCGCGCGCGUGUGCGUGGGGGAGCGAGCAGCACGGUGCCCGGCGGGGGCUGGCAUGGCUGGAGGCUGAACUGAUGUACUGAAGCGAGCGUGAAAGGAUGCGUAGCGAGGAGUUGGUUGUGAGACAGUGAUGGGACGGGGGGCUCUGGAGGGGCUUUUCCCCCUCCCCAGCUCCCUGGCCGCAUGGAUGUGGAGACCUUUUCAUUUCUGAUGUUUCCAAAAAAAAUGAUUCCCUCCUUCUGUGAAAUUCAAGCGAGAUGAGAGACGAUCUCACCUGUAAUCUCCUCACCCUGCCGUUCACCGAUUAGAGAAAACACUGUGUUUAUAGAUAUAUAAAGAUAUAUUUUUGAAAGCCUCUAUUUUUCAGACUCAGUUUUCUCACUGCUAAGAAAUGAGAUGAUAAUAAUGUAAUUUUAUUUUAAUCUGCUGCCUCGGAAAACGGUGCUUGAAACUCCCAUUCCUCUUUUUUUCUCCCCAUACAAACAAAGCAGAUCUAAGCACCCCAGAGAUGUCAUGUAGAAGCUGAUCCCAGCAGAUACCUGCUGAUCACGCCUGCUUUGGGCCCUGAGCUGCUCACAGCUUCCCCACUAACCUACUAGCUGAAGAUUUAGACCGUAUCCAAAUCUCAAACACUAACAAAUUUGUCCGAUGAUUAUGUUAUUUUUUUAACACAGAGCUAAUCACCUACCAAUGAUGUAGCCAGGUGUUUAUCAGCUCCCUUGAAAGGCACUUUUUUUUUUUCCUUUUAUCUCCUUUUUUAAAGUUACAUUUUUAGGUGUAACUACCCUUUCUGUCCCCAGGAGAGACUGUCAGUCAUGUUAAGGAUCACCCAGCUCCUGGGGCUGGAGGGGACCUAAUGUUGAUAUUUUUUCCUUGCCAAAGGGACAGAAAAGACUCUUUGGUUUUUUUCUUUGGUUUUUAAAUGCAGUCAUGGUAUUUGAGAUUCGAGCUUGUGCGAGUUAAGCCCAGCAUAUGUUUCAUUGUAAUCACACUGCCAUUGUCAGCAGCUGGAUGGUAUCUCUCUCUCACACGAACACACACACACAAACACAUCCCUCCUUCCUUGCACAAAGAACUGCAUAUAUUCUUGCCAAAGAUAUCCUUAGAAACGCACUUUUCCCCACAUAUAUAUAAAUAUAUAUAUAUUUUUUUUGCGUGUGUAAAUUUAUUGUAUGUGCCCUUUUUUGUGUCGGUUUGUUCUUUGGAGAAGCCCCUUCCCACCUGUCCUCCCUUUGCUGUCGAUGUUGCUGUCUGUUGGGAAAUGCUCUGCGGGGGGUCAUUUGCUGCCUGUCCUAAACUGUAGUGCCUGCAAUGUGCAAAAUGUGGGGUUCCCGAUCAACAGGGCUGCCUCUGGCUCUACCCCCCAGGGAGGUGUUCUGGGGGAAUGAUCCUUGUCAUCAUCUGCGGAUGGGAUGCAACCAUCUCACGGUCUUUGUCAGCUGCCCCAUCGCCAUUGGAGAUGGGGGCUCAUGGGUUUAAGCAGAUAAAUUGAGUAAAGUUUGGGGUUGCUCUGGAUGCAAUAUUUGCUGGCUGCCCCCGGUCUAACCACACAUAGAAAACAAACCAGGUAGGGAGAAAAACCCAACCCAACCUCUGGGCAUUGAUUUUCCAGUGAGUUCAACUCCCUGAACCAAAGCACAAAGUAAAUCCCCACCCAGCAGGUCGGGCGGGUAAAGAAACCAGUUGCCCCAAAAACCCCAGACAGCAGCAUCUACAAAAGGCAACCCUUCCCGUUGGAGCAGGCAGGAGGAUCAGACAGCAAAGGAGCCCGCAGGGGCUUGUUUCAUUUUGUUCGUUUGUUUUGCGAAUUGCGAGGUUGGUUUGGGGUUACCAAUUUUUUUUUUCUUUUCCUUAAAAAGGAGAAAAAAAAAAAAAGAAAAAGCAACCUGACGUUUCUGUUGGCGGAUCCUGUGCCGCUGUGUUAUACGUGGGUUUUUCUUUUGUUGGUUUGUCUUUGUUACUUUGGGAACGUUACAGAUUUAUUUGCUAAUCAGUGUUAAUGAACAGUUUCAAACUUUUAGACUUGCCCAUUUUUGUGUAUUUAUAUAGAUGGAAAAAAAAUACGUUAUAUUUUGUAUUUUUGUGCCCAUAAUGUUGUUGCACGUGUAAGGAUGACUUUGGUCGCACCAUGUCCAUGUGUGAAUGUGACUCCGCUGUUGUCUUCCCGUUGUACAGAUGUCGGAUUCUUUGCAGUUCAUUGUAUGGCUUUAUAAAAUGGUAAUAACAACAAAAAAAAAUCAGUUAUAUAAAAUAUACUGUUGCUUGGAAUGCCA